AUGUCGAGAAAGUGGAAACUAUUGCUUUUAGCUUGUUUCUUAAUCAUUGCUUUCGGUCAAGUAUGGUUCAUGGUUCGUCCAUUGGCCAAGGAUUCAAUUAUACCAGUUCAAACAGACAAAACAACCAUGGAUCGGCCAAUGAAACCAACAAGAAAACCACGAGAACAGUCUAUCCUCAAUGGAUUCGGAGGGUUUGCUUCUCACUUACCAACGAUGCAAUAUAGCUUUGGCCCUGAACCAGUCGAAUACACAAAGUUGAGAGAAAGAAGAAGACGAGCAAUCAAGAAGGCGUUCUUACAUGGAUGGAACGGAUACAAAAAGUAUGCGUUCGGUCAUGAUGAAUUGACUCCCCUAACUAACGGCAGUAAAAAUCCUUUUGGAGGAUGGGGAGCAACAAUGGUGGAUUCAUUGAGUACGCUAUUAGUCAUGGAAUUAGACGAUGAAGUAGCUGAAGUGAUGCGAAAAGUUCAUAAGAUCAAUUUUAAAAUCAAUGAAGAUGUCAGCGUAUUUGAAUCCAUCAUUCGCUACCUUGGAGGAUUCUUAAGUGCCUAUGAAUUAUCAGAUCGAAAGUAUAGAAUCCUUUUGGUUCAGGCACAAAAGCUAGCCGAUGCCCUUCUACCUGCGUUCAACACACCUUCUGGAUUACCCACACAUUAUUGGAAUCCCGCUAGAAACUUGUCUACACAGCGAGAUACUUUACUUGCAGAAGCAGGAACAGUUCAACUGGAGUUUAUGAUGCUCUCUCAGUUGACUCAAAACCCUAUUUAUGCAAAAAAGGCACAAGCUAUUACAGACCUUUUGGACAGCAUGGGAUAUGCGCAUGGUAUUCAUAUAAGAGGACUAUACCCUACCGCAUUGGACGUUGACAAAGGUCGCUUCAAAGAUGGUGUUUCCACAUUUGGAGCUAUGGGUGAUAGUGCAUUCGAGGCAAAUGGAAAGAUAUCACAGUAUGGAAGAAUGUAUAGAGAAUCUAUUAAUAGCAUGAAGCAGUAUAUGCUUCGACAGAUACCUGGUUAUGAUAUGCUCAUGCUGCCUCCUUUUGAUACACGUAGAGAAGAAGCAGAUGAUUUUAUGGAUCAUUUGACGUGUUUUGUGCCUGGUAUGCUUGCAAUGGGAUCCAAGACAUUUAAUGAACCAGAAGAUAUGAACGUUGCCAAGGGAUUAUUAGAAACCUGUGUGUUUAUGUAUCGUACGACCAAGACAGGACUGAGUCCAGAGAACUGGUGGAUCAGGGAUACAGAGAAAUAUAACCCGAUUACAUACAACAAGACAAGGGGUGAAUUAGAAAAAAUGCGUGAUUGGUGGUAUGAAGAUGAUGCGAUACCAAAAGAGUUACCACCAAUAGAAAAGCGACAAGCAACAAUAGAAAAAGGAUACGACGUAAAAUAUAAACUGCCCAAAGUCAAGAAGCGACCUAGUUCAUUAUUCUUUGGAGAUGAAAGAUAUCUCUUGAGACCAGAGACAUUAGAAAGUUUAUUUAUAUUGUAUAGAAUCACAGGCGAUCAAAAGUAUCAAGAAUAUGGAUGGGAGAUAUUUGAAGCGAUUGACAAGUGGUGCAAAACAGGUAGUGGAUAUGCAUCGAUUCGAUAUGUUGAUUCGACAGGAAAGUACAAUCAAAUUGAUUCAAUGGAAAGUUUCUUGUUGGCAGAAACGUUCAAGUAUCUUUAUUUGUUAUUCAGUCCACCAGACGUUUUAUCACUGGACAAGUUUGUAUUUAAUACCGAGGCACAUCCAUUUGUUCGCAGACAUUGGAAUUGGCUAUCUGCUUUUGAGCAAUGA